AUGGCAAAAACUAGUAGCUCUAAUUCAGGAAACAUUAGUGGUACAUCUCUAAUUGUUGGUGGCAUGAGAACAAGUGCUAGACGAAGACAAAAUACAGGAUCCUCUAAUACCUCAAAACAAAGAAGAAAUGUUAGUGGAAAUACAAAUAGCAUUGUUAAAUUUUAUGGGGAUGAUUCACCUGGUUUUAAAUUAACUCCUCAAACAGUAUUAAUCGCGACUUUAAUAUUUAUGGCAACAGUAGUUAUUUUACAUAUCAUUAAUAAAAUUUAA